UUUGUUGUAAAAUAUCAUUUUGGCUACACUGAUAGGUAACCUAAAAUUGAUAUGCGUACAUUUUGUUGACAAACUGAAACAGACAGUUUUGUUGAGACUUUAAUGUGUUAGUCUUUUCCGUUCCCGUCUUUAUAAGGCCCAAUCAUGGGUAAGUAUGCUAAGGAACCGAAAAACCCGACUAAGUCGUGUAAGGCUAGGGGCUCAAAUUUGCGAGUUCACUUCAAGAACACGAGAGAGACGGCCAAGACCAUCAAGAAGAUGCCUCUCCGUCGUGCUGUACAAUUUUUGAAAAAUGUGAAGGAUAAGAAAGAAUGUGUACCGUUCAGAAGGUUCAAUGGCGGUGUAGGCCGUUGUGCACAAGCCAAGCAAUGGGGUAUGACUCAGGGACGCUGGCCCGAAAAGUCUGCAGAGUUUUUGUUACAACUUUUGAGGAAUGCUGAAUCUAAUGCUGACAUUAAAGGAUUAGAUAUAGAUCGUUUGUUUGUUGAACACAUUCAAAUAAAUCGUGCUCCUUGCUUGAGGAGACGUACAUACAGAGCUCACGGUCGAAUUAACCCUUACAUGAGCUCACCUUGUCAUAUUGAAGUUAUAUUAGCUGAAAAGCAGAAGUUUGUUGCAAAAGUGCCCAAGGAUGAGGCUGAAAAGAAAAAAGUUUCAAAAAAGAAGUUGGCGAGACAAAAAGAAAAGCUGAUGCAUGAAUAGUUAUGGUUUAAUGUAUGACAAAUAUAAAACAUUUAAAAACAAAAAAAUAUUUUAUUUUUUA